UCCCGCCCAGCCCGUCCCGGUCCGGCCCCGCCGCGCUGGCUCCGAGGGGCGCGGCUUGCUGCUCCCCUGGCCCACCGCCAUGUCUCGGAGCCGCUCUGGCAGCUCAGUGGAUGACAAGACCUUGCUCCUGGAGUACCGAUGCCACCCAGCACGGCCGGAGCCCCCCAGCCCGACCUGUGUCCCUGGGAAGCGCAGCUCCGCCCCGGCUCCCAGUGCCACCCCGCUGGCCUCCCCCCUCGGCCGAGCCGCGCCGCAUCAUCCUCAGCACCGAGAGCCCGGCCGCGCUCAAGGUGGGGACGCAGCAGCUCAUCCCCAAAAGCUUGGCCGUCUCCUCCAAGCCCAAGAACAGCCCCUCCCGGCCCCAGAGCUUCGGGGCGAGCCGGGAGCCCCUGAGCCCCGAGCCGAAGCUGGCGGCCGUCCCCGUGCUGGCCCUGGAGGCGGAGGAUGAGGAUGAGGAUGAUGGCGGGGGGGCCCUCAAGCGCAGCCUGAGGAACAUGUCCUACCGUGCGGCCAUGAAGGGGCUGGGCGCCGAGCUGGAGCCAGCCAAGGCCACUGCCUCGCUGAAGCCCGUGUCUGAGGAUGGCAGCGCCCUGCCUGACCGCAGCCCUGGCAGGAGCAAGAGAACCCUCGGGCGGAAGCGGGUGCAGAAGCGUGGUGGCUCGUUCAAGGACCAGCCUCGACUGUAUCAGGAGAUCCGUGAGAGAGGUCUGAACUCUGUCAGCCAUGAGUCAGACGAAGACUUGCUGGAGGAGUCCCUGCCAGAGGAGCCGUCCCCUCUGGGCACUGCUAUCGUGGUGCAGAGCUACCGCCCGGCCCAGGUGACCUGGAGCCAGCUCCCAGAGGUUCUGGAGUCAGGCAUCCUGCAGAGGAUCUCGGCUGAGGAGCGCAAGAGGCAGGAGGCAAUGUUUGAGAUCAUCACUUCAGAGUACUCCUACAUGCACAGCCUGAGCAUCCUGGUGGGACAUUUCAUGAGGUCAGAGGAGCUGAAGGAGACCAUGACUCAGACUGAGCACCACCACCUCUUCUCCAACAUUGGGGACAUCCUGACAGUCAGCACGAGCUUCUUCGAAGACUUGGAGAAGCGACACCAGGAGCACCUCCUGAUCCCUGACAUCAGUGACAUCGUGGAGGAGCACGCCUCCAAACACUUCAACCCCUACAUCAGCUACUGCUCCAAUGAAGUCUAUCAGCAGAGGACACUGGAUAAGCUGCUAACCACAAACCCCUUAUUUAAAGAGACCCUGAAACAAAUUGAAAGGAAACCAGAGUGUGGAGGCCUGCCAAUGAUCUCAUUUCUCAUUCUGCCCAUGCAGAGGGUAACACGGCUUCCUCUGCUCUUAGAUACCGUCCAGCAAAAAACAAACGUACACACUGCAGCAUAUGGAGCUGCUACCCGUGCUGUGAAGGCCAUCAGCAAGCUGGUCAAGAGCUGCAAUGAUGGAGCUCGGGCUAUGGAGAGGACGGAGCAGAUGUACACCUUGCAGAAACAGCUGGAAUUUGGGAAGAAGAAGCCUUUCCCUCUGGUCUCGGUGUCGAGGUGGCUGCUGAAGCGGGGCGAGCUGCAGCUGCUGCUCUCGGAGGAGGCCGGGCUCUUCCGCCGCGGCGCCGGCCGCCUCUGCCACCUCUUCCUCUUCAACGACGUCCUCAUCAUCACCAAGAAGAAGAGCGAGGAGAGUUACACGGUCAUGAACUACGCCACGCUGGACCAGGUCACUGUGGAGAAGGUGGAGAGCUCAGAUCCACCCUCCCCUCCUCCUGGCAAGGCUGGUGGGCACCUGCUGCGGGUGGUGCUGGAGAAGGACAGCGAGGGCCGGCGGGAAGAGGUGCUGCUGUCAGCAGAGACGCUGAGUGACCGGGCCCGGUGGAUGGCAGCGCUGAUGCACAGGGAGAAGGAGAAGCCUGACACCACUCCCAAAGGAGACCUGAGCCAGGUGGAGGUGACCCGUGCCUACCUGGGCAAGGAGGCAGAUGAGCUGUCCCUGCAGCAGGCAGACGUUGUGCUGGUGCUGGGGGAAGAGGACGGCUGGUGCUGGGGGGAGCGUCUGCGGGACGGGGAGCGGGGCUGGUUCCCCCAGGCCUGUGCCCGGCCCAUCACCAGCCGCGUGGCCGCCGAGGGCAACGUGCGGCGCAUGGAGCGGCUGCGCAUCGAGACCGACGUGUAGGGCCAGCCAGAGGGACCUCUGCCCCAGGGAGCUGCAGCCUGAGCCCACGGGGAGCUGGCAGCAGCACAGCCUUCCUCCUCGGACUGUGCUUGUCUGGGGUGGCAGAUGUCAUGGCCAGGAGGGCGCUGUGUGACACGCCUGGCAGCGCUGGCACUGCUGGCCCGGAACAGCCUUGGCUCGGCUGGAAAGGCUGGAGCUGCUCUGAGGUGCCUGUGCCACCAUCUCCGUCCCUGCUGGCAGCUGGGCCAGCACACCUGGUGUGGGGAGAGCACACCCCAGUCAGGAUUGGGGCUUGAAUCCAUGUGCUUGGCUUAUUCCUCAACCCAGAUUUUGCUCCUGUUUCACUUUUUUCUGUCUCUCUCCCCCACAAUAAUUCUGAGCCCUUUGGGCAGAGCCAUGCCCUGCCCAGGUGAGGUGAUGCCAGACACUUUUUGGUCACUUGAUAAAAUACUUGAUGCCAGAGUUGUUCCCAUGGAGUCAGCUCAGCACCAGGACUGGGAUAUGCUCCAGGCAGAGGGGGAAGCAGGGGCAGGAUGAGGAGCAGUGCUGCAGCUCCCACCUGCCUUUCCCUCCUCUCAGCUGGGGCGGGGGCUCUGCCCGGGGCUCAGCCCCUCACACCCCGUGCAGGGGACAUGGCAGCUACAAUUUUGGGGUGAGCCAGCCCCAUACACUGCCAACUUCACAUUCACAGGGGCAGCGUUGAUGUAAGAUCUGUUCUGAUCAAACUGUUCAAAAUGUAAAUUAAGGUAACAAUAAAUUCUUGGAUUCCAAUGA